AUGCUCGCGGCUGUGGUCGGAGGUCAAAGCGAGCGUCUCGCGGGCCGGAGGAGAAAGAUGGCGGUGGCGUCGCGCGUCACUCAAGAAGAAAUUAAAAAGGAACCGGAGAAGCCGAUCGAUAGGGAGAAGACGUGCCCGCUGCUGCUGCGGGUCUUCACCACCAGUAACGGUCGCCACCACCGGAUGGAUGAGUUUUCCCGCGGGAACGUGCCCUCCAGCGAGCUGCAGAUCUACACUUGGAUGGAUGCAACUUUGAAAGAAUUGACCAGCUUGGUAAAAGAAGUCUACCCAGAAGCUAGAAAGAAGGGCACACACUUCAAUUUUGCAAUUGUUUUUACAGAUCUUAAAAGACCUGGCUAUCGAGUCAAGGAGAUUGGCAGCACCAUGUCUGGCAGAAAGGGCACUGAUGAUUCAAUGACCCUGCAGUCACAGAAAUUCCGGAUAGGAGAUUAUCUUGACAUAGCAAUCACCCCUCCAAACCGAGCACCACCUCCUUGUGGGCGCAUGAGACCAUACUGAGUUCUAUUUACUGUUUCUUGAAUGUAUUUUCCAGUCAGUUAUGUAAAAUAAACUUAACUCUUUCUUCCUUUGAUUUCUGCCAUUAAGCCUUUAAACUACACAAAUUGUAAUGCAUCUACUUAGAUUUCGCUGCGUCAUGGUAUAAAUAUUCAAAGUCCAUAUUGUUUCAAGCUCUUCUGUAAAAUAUGAAGAAAAGUGCUCUUAGCUUUCUGUGUAAAACUGCAUUGUUAAAUAUAUGUCUGU